UUGGAGUUAGCUGAGAGAGGUAGCUCUCGAAGCCCACCCCCUCGUCCCUGGCUGGAUAAGAGAGACUGUCACUCGCAGACAGGAGCCAGGGCAGACAAAGAGGUAUUUGUACAGCACCUCCCUUCAGCCCUCCCUCUCCUCAUCUCCUUUAGCUCCAACUCUCAACUUGUACAUUUAAAAAGAUACAGCUGCCAAGAAAGUGAGAGAGAGAGAAGCAAAAGAGAAAGCACUCCUGUCAAAAGCAAGCUUUGGAAUGAUGAAAAUGAAGAUUCUAUCAGCUCUUGUUUUGCUGAGCAUGCUGCUUGGUACUAACAUGAUGCCUUUCAGUCGACUUUCUUGUUACAAGAAAGUGCUAAAAGAUCGCAACUGUCACAGCAUCCCAGAAGGUGUGGCCAGUCUUCGACGCAUUGAUGGAAAUCUUCAAGACCACUUCUGGGAAGGGCAAAGUUGUGAGAUGAUCUGUUACUGCAAUUUUAGCGAAUUACUCUGCUGCCCAAAAGGUAUUUUCUUUGGACCAAAGAUCUCUUUUGUCAUCCCUUGCAACAAUCAAUGAUGAGCAUCAUGUGUACCAGUGAGAAGACGCACACAGGACUUCACAACAGGAGAUAAACAAUGUUGUCAUAGAAAAUCUAAAAAAGAACAGGAGUACUUGUGGCACCUUAGAGACUAACACAUUUAUUAGAGCAUAAGCUUUCGUGGACUACAGCCACUUCUUCGGAUGUAUAUAGAGUGGAAUAUAUAUUGAGGAGAUA